AUGCAGUCACUGUUCACCCAAGCUGUCCUCUACUCCCGCGCGGCAGUUAGACCACGGUACGCAAGGACACGAAGUCCCGGGCGAACUACGGGGAGCAAGUCACUGGAGGAGAACGUAGGAGCUGCUUUGCGGGAGGAGACAUUUCCUUGGGGCCAACCUUCCCUGGACAUCGUGCACCCCAUCCGAGUGGAUGCUGGUGGCUCCUUUCUCUCUUACGACUUAUCUCCCCGGCUGCUUCGGAGAAGGGACCUCUCGUCCAGGGCUGGCCCUCCCACUUAUUAUGAGCUGUUAUACCAGGGCCGAGAGCUGAGAUUUAACCUAAGCAUCAACCGCCAUUUGCUGGCCCCAGGCUUCGUGAGCGAGACCCACUAUGGAGGCAUCACCCACGCCAAGAUCCAUCCCUACACAUAUUCCUAUGCUUGCCACCUGGUCGGAGAGGUUCAGGACCCUGAGCUGGCUGGCGGGUUUGCUGCCAUUAGCUCCUGCGAUGGCUUGUAUGCCUUGUCAUACCUCAUGAAUGAUGAGUCUCCUGAGAAGUCUGAGAAGAGGCGGGAAAGGUGGGAGCAAAAGCAGCAUCAACAGCAGCAGAGACGACGUCUGCAGCAGCGCUCCAUCAGCAAGGAGAAGUGGGUGGAGACCCUGGUGGUGGCCGACACCAAGAUGGUGGAGUACCAUGGCUGGGACCAUGUGGAGAACUAUAUACUGACAGUUAUGAACAUGGUGGCCGGGCUCUUCCAUGACCCCAGCAUUGGGAAUCCCAUCCACAUCUCCAUCGUACGCCUGAUCCUACUGGGAAAGGAGGAGGAGGAUCUCAAGAUCACUCAUCAUGCAGAUAACACUCUGAAAAGCUUCUGCAAGUGGCAAAAAAGCAUCAACAUGAAAGGCGACAGUCACCCGCUGCAUCAUGAUGUGGCCGUUCUGCUGACAAGGAGAGAUCUCUGUGCUGCCAUGAACCGGCCCUGUGAGACAUUGGGCUUAUCUCAUGUGUCAGGCAUGUGUCAGCCCCACAGGAGUUGUAACAUCAAUGAGGACACGGGUCUCCCUCUGGCCUUCACUGUGGCCCAUGAGCUUGGACACAGUUUUGGGAUUCAGCAUGACGGAAGCGGCAAUGACUGUGAGCCCGUUGGGAAAAGGCCUUUCAUCAUGUCUCCACAGCUCCUGUAUGACACCUCGCCACUCACCUGGUCCCGCUGCAGCCAGGAGUACAUCACCAGGUUCCUUGACCGAGGAUGGGGCCUGUGUCUGGACGACCCUCCUGCCAACGAUGUGAUUGACUUCCCCAUCGUUCCACCAGGCGUCCUCUACGACGUGAGCCACCAAUGCCGCCUCCAAUAUGGGCCCUAUUCCACCUUCUGUGAUGACAUGGAUAAUGUGUGCAAUACCCUCUGGUGUUCGGUGGGGACUACCUGUCACUCCAAGCUGGACGCUGCCGUGGAUGGCACCCGAUGUGGAGAGAACAAGUGGUGUUUCAACGGGGACUGCGUGUCCGUGGGCUUCCGGCCGGACGCUGUGGACGGUGGCUGGGCCGGCUGGAGCUCCUGGUCGAGCUGCUCCCGAAGCUGUGGCGUGGGCGUGCAGAGUUCCGAGAGACAAUGCAGCAACCCCACGCCCAAAUAUGGUGGCAAGUACUGUGUGGGGGAACGGAAGCGAUACCGCUUGUGCAGCAUCCAGACCUGCCCUGCUGACCGGCCCUCCUUUCGCCACAUCCAGUGCAGCCAGUUCGAUGCCAUGCCUUACAAGGGAGAACAGUACAAGUGGGUUCCUGUGUCUAAUCACAUCAAUCCCUGUGAGCUGCACUGCCGGCCUGCCAACGAGUACUUUGCGGUGAAGCUUCGAGACGCCGUUGUGGACGGGACGCCCUGCUUCGAAGGGAACAGCAGCCGAGACUUGUGCAUUAACGGAAUCUGCAAGAACGUCGGCUGUGACUACGAGAUCGACUCCAACGCCAUGGAGGACCGGUGCGGCGUGUGCCACGGGGACGGCUCCACCUGCGAGACGGUCAAGAGGACGUUUGAUGAGAGCGAAGGCCUGGGGUACGUGGACAUCGGGCUCAUCCCGGCGGGGGCCAGGGACAUUCGAAUCGAGGAGGUCGCCGAGGCGGGGAAUUUCCUGGCCCUGAGGAGUGAGGAUCCCGAGAAAUAUUUCCUAAAUGGUGGAUGGACCAUCCAGUGGAAUGGCGACUACAAGGUGGCUGGGACCACCUUCACCUAUGAGCGGAAUGGGAACUGGGAGAAUCUCACAUCCCCAGGACCCACGUGGGAGCCCGUCUGGAUUCAGCUCCUGUUCCAGGAGAGCAAUCCCGGCGUCCGCUACGAGUACACCAUCCGGAGGGAGGCGGACGGCGAGAACGAGAUUGAGCCUCCGGAGUUCUCCUGGCGCUACGGCGCCUGGACCAAGUGCACCGUGACCUGCGGCACAGGGGUGCAAAGACAGACCGUACACUGCGUGGAGAAGCUCGCGGGCCUCGUGGAGGAGCGCCAUUGCGAUGCCCUGAUGAGGCCGGAUGACAGGCUGAAGAACUGUAGCCAGGAGCCGUGCCCGGCCAGGUGGUGGGUUGGAGAGUGGCAGAGCUGCAGCAGAACUUGUGGUCCCGGAGGCCUGGCCCUGCGGACUGUCCUCUGCAUUCAGAGCGUGGGGCUGGAUGAGCAGAAGGCCCUUCGCCCCGAGGACUGCCACCCCAUGCCCAAGCCAGAGGUCACCAAGUCCUGUAAUGAGGACAACCCCUGCCCAGCCUCCUGGGAAGUGGGCAACUGGUCAGAGUGCUCUGUGACCUGUGGCAUGGGCACACAGCACCGGCCGGUCUUCUGCCCCAACGACACGGGGAGCCCCUGUGAGGUCGCCCAGAAGCCCACCUCGGAGGCUGCCUGCUCCCCCGCGCCGUGUCCCCGGAGCCCCGAGAGGCCCGUCCCAGAGUGGUCAGGGAGCGGCUCCUCGAGCAGGGAGCUCUUCAACGAGAUCGAGCUCCUCCCCGGCAGCCACGUGCCUUCCUUCGGUCCGCUGGACUCCAACGCCAUCCUGGAGGACGACUUCCCCGCCGGCGACAAGAAGGGCAACGUGUUUGUGGACGAUUUCUACUACGAUUACAACUUCAUCAACUUCCACGAGGACCUCUCGGACAUCCCGUUCAGAGACCAGGACAAGCCCAGGGAAGAGGUGGACGGUGGCUCUGAUGGGGGGCCGCAGGGGGGCGGCACGUCCGAUGAGACGCCUCUGGCUGCCCCCCCCAGCUCGGAGGGCGAGGACCGGGGGGCCCCAGACAGCCGCACGACCCUGCCCGGCCCGGCUCUGGAGAAAAUCCCGAGGCCUGACGACCCGCGGUCUGCGGCCUCCACCCCGAUCCCCACCUCGGCACCCCUUGGUCCUGGCUGGGGACAGAAGGGAGAAGUCCCGGGCCCUACGGAUGGCUCCCCCGAUCUCUUCCCAGACGAGUCCCCGGAAGACCCUGCACCGGGUGAUGGCGCCAAAGAGGACCCGGCCUUCUCGGUCUCUGAGCCUCCGGCUCCUUCUUUAGCCACUUCGGCCUCACUGAGGCCUGUAGGGAUGGACAGUGAGCGCCAAGGAAAGGCCCAGGAGGAAAGCACCAGCGCCCACGGGCCGGCGGGGCACGUCCCCCCCACGGCCUCCGAGAAAGACCCUGACUGGCGGCUCGGGGAAGGGCUGGAUGUGGCGUUCCCUGAGGAGAUGACAGCCUCGGGGGACAGCAGGACAACCCCCGGGGCCCCCUCCUCUGAUCUGAAUCUGGGGCCCCCAUCCCUGAGGCCGGGCCUUCCCGCCUCUCCUUCAAGGAUGCCAAGGAUGGAAGUCGCCACCAUCCCCAAAGCCUCUGAUCCUCCUGAAAGGUCCUGGAACUCGAGUGACCAAAGUCUGAGAGACGAUGAGCUCCUCCCCAGCGGGGGGGCCCAGAGGUCCACCUCUUCCCCCAUCGCUUCUGAGACCAAGCCGGUCCGAUUCUUUCCAUUAGAGACCUCUUUGUCCCCUCCCUCCGUGGCCAGCGUCCCCGGGCCAAGGAGUCCGGAGCUCCCAGGCCAGGGUCUGGCCCAGCGGGAUUCCCAGACCCCGCUCAUCCCAGUGCCCUCUGAUCCCAGUGACCUGGCUGGGCCAGGAGUCAUGCCUUGGGAUGACCCUUCCCUCACUUCUGCACCGACCCCCAGGCUGGGGCCAGAGAACUUGUCCAAUGAAAUCAGGGUGCCGCACUCCCCAGACCUCUCUCCUCCCCCCAACCUCCCUUGGGCACCCCAACCAAUUGAUGCGAAUGAGUGGUUAGAAAUUCCAGACGGGGACUCAUCGCCCAGGAACGUCAUCCAUGAUGGCAGAGACCUCAAGAACCCAUUCCAGAACCUGGCUUCCACAGAGCCAGCCGGGACCGAGGAACCUCCUCAGGGGACGUCGGCCCCCAUGGACGUCCGUAGGGAAGGCAGCUGGGAAGCUGGAAACUGGAGUGAGUGCUCUACUACCUGUGGCCUGGGAGCCAUCUGGAGGCCUGUGCGCUGCAGCACUGGCCAGGAGGAGGAUUGUGUCGCCACCAGCAAGCCAGUGCCUGCCCGUCGCUGCUACCUGAGGCCCUGCUCAACAUGGCGGGUGGGAAACUGGAGCAAGUGCUCUCGGAACUGUGGGGGUGGCUUCAGGGUUCGAGAUGUACACUGUAUAGAUACCCGGGAUCACCGACUCCUUCGCCCAUUCCACUGUCAGCCUGGCCUCUUCAAACCACUAGGCCAGCUGUCCUGCCGCGUGGACCCCUGCCUCGACUGGUACACGUCCUCCUGGAGAGAGUGCUCCGAGUCCUGUGGUGGAGGAGAACAGGAGCGCCUGGUGACGUGCCCGGAGUUUGGGCAUUGUGACGAGACCUUGCGGCCCAAUACCACCAGGCCCUGCAACACUCACCCGUGUACCAAGUGGGUGGUGGGGCCCUGGGGACAGUGCACCGCCACAUGUGGUGGAGGGAUCCAGCGGCGACUGGUCAAGUGUGUCAACACCAAGACCGGCCAGCCUGAAGAGGACAACAAUCUUUGUGACCAUGAAGUGUGGCCUGAGAACUCCCAGAAGUGCAAUGCCCAGGACUGCCCCGCCAGUGACACAGGGGAGUGUGGAGUGAGGCCCAAGCAGGCACCCUCUUCUGAAGGCUCCUGCUGGUGUCCGAGCUCACGGAGAAGCGUUCGUGCCCCGGACAGUUGCCUUCGCGAACAGUCUGAGGGUCAGCUGGGCCGCCGGACAGAGCGAGAACAGCGAUGGAAACGGCCGCGGUUUCCUGGCCAGCUGGGAAGCGUCCCAAGGCUUUCUGAUGACCGGAAGUCCCCAAUGCAGGAAGCCGGGAGCUUGGACAAAGCAGCUCAGCACACGCACACGGACCAGACACAUGCACACAGCGCACACAUGCCACGGACACGUGUAAACAUGCGCUCCCACAGCGGAGGCGAGAGGACACCCCGAUAG